ACCCUCUCGAGCUGCGCUAAGUGGCACUGUGGUCUGUUGAUUUUCUUUGCUAGCUUACAGUCAAUAAAAGUAACCUAUCUGUGGUAAUGUAAAGACAACAUUUAGAGCAGGUUUUGUCGUGAGUCGGACAUUUUCUCGUGUUGCGCUCACCUUUGAAGACUUCUAGCACUGUGACCUAAAAGCUGACGCUCGUUGCCAGGUCUGGUUAUUUAUUCAGGUACGUCUUAGCUCAGAUAUCAAGGCGAACGUUACUUUUCAAGGAUGCAGGUGCAGAGAGUCGUUCUCAACUCAAGACCAGGUACAAACGGAGUGCCAGUUCCUGAAAAUUUCCGUGUGGAAGAAACAACUUUGACACCUGACCUGAAAGAUGGAGAGGUCCUUGUUCGGACACUUUACCUCUCAGUCGACCCUUACAUGCGGUGCAGAAUGAAUGAAGACACUGGUGUUGAUUAUGCAGCCCCAUGGCAGCUGUCUGAGAGUGUGGACGGUGGAGGUGUCGGCGUGGUUCAGUCCAGUCGCUGCAGCACUUACAGUGAGGGAGAUGUGGUCACUUCAUUCAACUGGCCUUGGCAGACGCAUGCUGUUAUGAAAGGAAGUGUCCUACAGAAGGUUGAUUCACGGUUGGUUGACGGACACUUGUCCUACUUUUUGGGUGCAGUUGGUCUGACAGGUCUCACUGCACUGUUGGGCAUCAGGGAGAAGGGUCAUGUGACCAAAGGGGCCAAUCAGACCAUGGUGGUGAGCGGCGCUGCUGGGGCCUGUGGAUCUAUAGCUGGACAGAUUGGCCGGAUGGACGGUUGUGUGAGAGUGGUUGGGAUUUGUGGUUCUGAUGAGAAGUGCAAAGCUUUAGUGGACGACCUGGGCUUCUCUGCAGCCAUCAACUACCGCACAGAGGACGUCUCUGCAAAGCUGAAGGAGUGCUGCCCUGAUGGGAUAGAUGUUUACUUUGACAAUGUAGGAGGUGACAUCAGCGAUGCUGUCAUCACACAGAUGAACAAGGACAGCCAUGUGAUCCUGUGUGGGCAGAUCUCACAGUACAACAAGGACGUGCCUUAUCCUCCGCCCCUGAGCGAGGAGAUACAGGAAACCCUGCAGAAGAAGAACAUCACCCGGGAGCGAUUCACGGUGCUUAACUACAUGCACAAAGCGGACGCUUCCCUGUAUGAACUCAGCCAGGGAGUUAAAUCAGGCCACGUCAAGGUGCUGGAAACUGUAGUGAACGGCAUUGAAAAGAUGGGAGAUGCAUUUUGCUCUAUGAUGAAAGGCGGAAAUGUCGGCAAGCAAAUUAUAAAGAUAUCAGAGUGAGGAGAAUCACUGGAGCUGCUCUCACCAGACAGAGGCCUUGUUACCUACAGCUGCCUUUUGUGUCACUGUCAUCAACACUAACUUAAUGAACUCUAGAAUAAUACUGCAUCGAUUAGCUGAUGCCAGUUGAUUAUAAUUAUGAACCAUGAGUGAAAAAUCACAUUGUGUUCUUUAAAAUUGUAAAAUCAACACCACUAACAGAGCUGUCGGACUGAAGAGAAAUUGGCCAAGGACAGAAAGAAGUGGAGGGACUGUGUUGCUGCCUUAUGCACCAGCUGGCCCUGGGUAAUGGAGGAAGUGAGUAGGUGUAGAAUUAUAACUCCUUGUACCAUACCAGUACCAUGUGUCAGUGUAAUGAAUUCACUUGAGAGAAAAAAAAUGCUCUGUUUUUCUGAAUUAAGAUUAUUAUCUACUUGAUUCAGGGAAAAAAGCAGAUUUUUUCAUGGAAAAAAUUUUUAAAAUUCUGAGAUAAGGCUUUUUAAUUCUGAAAAAUUUGAUUCAUGAAAACUCACAAUUCCUCCAUAACAAUCUUGUUUAGACAGAAUUUUUUAUUUUUUUCUCAGAAUUCUAACAUUAUGUUAAUAAUUCAGAAAAGCAAUCUCUUGUCAUGAAAACAUUUCAGAAACUAACAACGAAAUAAAACAGUAGAUUUUUUUCCAUGAUAGUAUUUCUCAUAACUCUGAGCUAAUACUCUUUUUAGUUCAGAAAAACAGGAGCAGAAUUUUUUCCAUUCAAAUUUUUAUCUGAAUUGUUUCUGAAAACUUUUAAGAAAGGCUGAAAUUCUUUUUUUUCAUGGAAAUUUCUCAUAAUUCAAAGAUAAUAAUCUUGUUAAUUCAGGAAAACCAGCUGAUUUUUUUUUUUGAAAACAGUUCUCAUUAUUCUAAGAAAGGCUACUGAUCGCCUUAAUUCAGGAAAAACAAGAGCAGACAUUUUCAUGAAAACUUUCAAAAUUCUUGUUAAUUCAGAAAAACUAUUUAUAUUUUCUCUAUAAAAAAUGGCUCUCAUACUUUGAUAAUCUCAUUAUGUCAGAAAAACAAGUAGGUUUUUUUCUUGAAAAAAAUCUUAGAAUUCAGAGAUUAUUUAUUUCAGAAUUAAAAAGAUUAUAAUUUUUCCACAAAAACAGUCUUAAGACAAAUUUUACUUUAUUCUCAGAAUUCUGACAUUUUGUCAUUAAUUUAGAAAAACUGAGCAUUCUGUCUUCAUGAAAACUUUUCAGAAAUCUGAAAUAAAACAGUAGACAGUGUUGUUUUCCAUUAUAACUUUUCUCAUAAUCCGGAGAUAACAAUCUUGUUAAUUCAGAAAAACAAGCAGAAUUUUUUUCCAUUUUAAAUUUUUCUCAGAAUUGAGAUGGUCAUUUAUUGAGAAAAAUGAAGAAGUCUUUCUGAAAAGUUUUCAGAAAACUGAAAUAAAUUUUUUCCAUGAAAAACUUUCUCAUAAUACAGAGGUAAUAAUCUUGUUAAUUCGUAAAAACGAGCAGGUUCUUUUUUUCAUAUAAACUUUUCUUAGAAUUCU